AUGACAUUUUAUCGCUCAGGAAAGGAUCGAAUUAAUUACAACAAAAUCUUAGACAACGGCGUGAUGGACACAAUGACGAAGGCAGUCAUUCCCGGCGAUACUCUAUACAAUUCUAAGUGUGGGUAUUUGUGUGGUCGUGGAGUUUAUGAACUAAGAGGUUUUUUGCGAGCUGCGAGGGUUGGUCACGUCUUCGUUAAGGAGCAAACAGCACCCAGCAGUGGCAGAUCAACUAAGGUAGUGGAAGUUCUGAAUCAUGAUGGCUCGUUUACUUACCAUGUGCCAUUCAUUGGUGCUCUUGUCACUGCAAAAGUAACAGAAAUAAGCGACAAGUCGGCAAAGUGUAGUAUAUUUCGCAUAGAAGAAAGCAAUCUACAAGAGGGAGCAACAUUCACUGCAGUUAUUAGGAAGGAAGACAUGCGAAACGACCUCAAAUUGGAUCAAUUCAAAGUGAAGGAAUGUGUACUUCCGGGAGAUUACGUAUUAGCAACAGUCAUCUCUACGGGAGAUUCACAUUAUUUGCUAUCGAUUGCGGAUAGUCGACUAGGUGUUGUGGCUGUUAGGAAUCGAGAUGGAAGCUCAUGGCUACCUCCAACUAGAAACAACUUAACGAUGCCGCGAAAGGUGGCUCUUAUUCCUAACACGUUACCUAAACUUGAUUCCUUAAUUACAAAUUCUUGA